AUGUCACGGCUCGCCGUGUGCGGGAAUGCCGGGCAUUCCCGGAGCGCGUUAUCAGCCUUUCCCCUGAUCAUAAUCGCCUGUCGCGAUUUCGGCGCUUUCACCGCCAAGUUUCCCCGCAGCGCCGGACCAAAGCCGUGUAACCACACGAGCCAAGGCGGCGGGGAGAGGCUGUCGCUGUCCCGGGGGGGGGUGUCACGGUCCCGGGGGGCGGUGUGGGGGUGUCCCAGCCGGGUGGAGGGGGGGCCGCGCCCGCGGUCCCGCCCCGCCCCGCCGCGUCUCGGCUUAAAGCGGCCGCCCGGCCCCCGGCGCGCUCACCGCGCUCGCCGCCCCGGAGCCGCCGCCGCGAUGCCGCUGCGGGGCUGGACGCUGCUGCUGGCGGCCCUGCUGCCCUCCGUGCUGCCGCCGCUGCUGGCCGCGCCGCCGCCCGCCUGCCCCGAGCGCUGCGAUCGGUCGCGCUGCCCGGCGCUGCCCGCAGCCUGCCCCGGCGGGCCCGUGCUGGACGCCUGCGGCUGCUGCCGCGUGUGCGGCGCGGAGGAGGGCGAGGCGUGCGGGGGCGCGGGGGGCGGCGGGCCGCCCUGCGGAGAGGGGCUGCAGUGCGUGGUGCCGCCCGGCGCCGGCGUCCCCGCCUCGGCCACGGUGCGCAAGCGGGCGGCCGCGGGGCGCUGCCAGUGCACCAGCACCGAGCCCGUGUGCGGCAGCGAUGCGGUGACCUACGCCAGCCCCUGCCAGCUGCGGGCCGCCAGCCGCCGCGCAGAGCGCCUCCGGCAGCCGCCCAUCAUCGCCAUCCAGCGCGGAGCCUGCGGGCAGGGCCAAGAACAUCCGAACAGCCUGAGGCACAAAUACAACUUUAUUGCAGAUGUGGUGGAGAAGAUCGCUCCUGCUGUGGUUCACAUUGAAUUAUUUCGCAAACUUCCUUUUUCCAAGAGGGAGGUUCCUGUUGCCAGUGGUUCGGGGUUCAUUGUCUCUGAAGAUGGGCUGAUAGUGACCAACGCCCACGUGGUCACCAACAAGAACCGGGUGAAGGUGGAGCUGAAGAAUGGGGAGACUUACGAAGCUAAAAUUAAAGACGUUGAUGAAAAAUCAGACAUUGCACUAAUUAAAAUAGAUUCUCAGGGUAAAUUGCCAGUUCUUCUGCUUGGUCAGUCUGCAGACCUGAGGCCAGGGGAAUUUGUGGUGGCAAUUGGAAGUCCCUUUUCUCUUCAGAACACGGUGACCACGGGCAUUGUCAGCACCACGCAGCGCGGGGGCAAGGAGCUGGGGCUCCGCAACUCCGACAUGGACUACAUUCAGACAGAUGCCAUCAUCAAUUAUGGGAACUCUGGAGGACCCCUAGUAAAUCUGGAUGGUGAAGUGAUUGGAAUUAACACAUUAAAAGUUACAGCAGGCAUCUCGUUUGCUAUCCCAUCUGAUAAAAUAAAGAAGUUCCUAACUGAAUCCCAUGACAGACAAGCUAAAGGAAAAGCUGUAACCAAAAAGAAAUACAUUGGCAUACGAAUGAUGUCUCUAACUCCCAGCAAAGCUAGAGAGCUGAAGGAUCGCCAUAAAGACUUCCCUGAUGUUGUCUCUGGGGCCUAUGUUAUUGAAGUUAUUCCAGAAACACCAGCUGAAGCUGGUGGCCUGAAGGACAACGAUGUGAUUAUAAGCAUCAAUGGACAGUCGAUAAGCUCAGCCAGUGAUGUCAGUGACAUUAUUAAAAAGGACAGUACGUUGCACAUGGUUGUGCGCAGGGGCAACGAAGAUGUUAUGUUAACAAUAGUUCCCGAAGAAAUCGAUCCCUAACCAGAAACAUGAGCUGGAUUUCAUGUUUUCUUUUAACAGCAAUGGACUGCUUAUAUCCUCUCUGUGCUGGUACAGGAAACGUUAGACUUCUGACCAACAUUCUGCUUGUUCAGUGGAUUAGUAUUGGCCAACAGAGUAACUUUACUAGGUUUAAGGUGCAAAAUCAGUGUAAUUUCAAAUACUCCAGAUGAUAAUUUUUUUCCUUCUGUAUUAUGUACGCAAUGUAUUCUUUACUGGCUUUUACAUCCCCCGCUUAACAAAUCGACAUUUGCUUCCCUGUGUUGAGUAGAUUUCCCGUUAUUUCUGCUAAGACUUAAACAAAAACAAAGCCCACGCACACAGUGUGUGUUGUGGCAUUCAGGUAUUUAUAGGGUAGCUGUGUUUUAACUGGAAAUGCCAUUGUAAAGGAGUAGUUUGGGAAACAAAGUUUGGUUUAUAAACACAGAGGAAUCCCAACCCGAAUAACCUUCCGAGGAUCCCGUGCAGGACUUUAAUACUAUGAUAUUUUCCUAGUGUUAUUAAAAGAAUUCAACAGUA